AUGAACAACAACUUUGCUACCCCCAUUGAACAGAUGUAUUCAAGUGUCCUUCAGGCUGUAAACAACUAUGCCCUUUCUAAUAAUUUUACUAUCAAGAUUAAAAAUAGAAAAUUUCUCACACUUCAUCUUGCUUGUGCAAAGGCUGGCACCUAUUACAACAAGUGUAACAUUAGUGAGGAUAAAAGAAAGAAGCAACAGAUAUCUUCCUUUGCCUGCCAAUGGCGACAAUUAACAUUGCCACAGCUACCCUAUUACCCCAAGUACUUGGCUUCUUCCCAUCAAGUAAGAAUGUCUCUCCUAACUCCCGCAGAUGCCAAUAUUGCUAAGAUAAUAUUGGAAAACCAUGCAAAAGCUCAUGAUAUUCAAAAAGCUAUCAGUGAUAAGGUUACUGAUAUGAGAAAAAUCAGAAUUAGCAACAUCAACAAUCUGAAGUAUAGUGCUUCACGUGAAGAUGAUGAGUCAAACUAUGCUGCUACGACACUAAUUAAGAAUAUAGAAGCAAAGUGA